AUGGCGGAGGCAGCUAAGUACUGGUGGAUUCGUAAAGAACUUGUAAUCUAUGAUAGCAUCACGAAGGUUAUCAGCACCUUGAUUCUCUACAACGAUACUGUCAAUCAGCAGCCCGUCAUUAAGUGCGAUUCAAAUAACAAGGAGAUCGGUGGCGAUACAUUUAUGGAUGAGGUGAGGGGGAAAUAUGUGUUGUUUUAUAUCUCGAGCCUGGAAAAUAUAUCGAACGAAGAACUUUCGCUGCUCAAAAAUCUGUACAAAAGAAUUGAUGAAGAGUAUAAAUGCAAGAUUGUGUGGAUCCCCUUUGAGGGUGACUGGACGACUGAAGCCCAAAAGAAAGAGUUGCAGUUUAAGAAAUGGAAGGAGCAGAUGCCGUGGUACGCAGUGCAGUAUUUUCCCUCAGCAUCAUACAUGUACCUCAAGAAAGAGUGGAGUGUCAGGGGAAAUUCCACAGCGGUGUUGAUCAACCCCCAAGGAAAGGUUGAAAACACCAAUGCGCUUACCUCGAUUAAGGAAUUUGGUAUCCAUUUCUUUGAUUUCCUGGAUAUUAACACAGUGCUUAAGCCAGUAGUGCAUCGUAUUUUGAAGGACAAUGACCAACUUCUAAACUUGAUGGAAAACCAAGGGUACACUUUCUUCAUUGGAGGCAAAAACCAGAAAAGGGCCUCUGACUUGCUCAGCAAGAUAACAAAAGCAAAGCUUGCCAUUGAUAAUGCACUGAAAAUACAGAUUGGGUUAGCUAGUGUUAUAGAAGAAUCGGAGACUGCAAAGGCUUUCUGGUUCGCCAUGGAAAGCCUCUUAUUUAGCUUGGCUCACUCUAGCAAGGAGUACGAGUACAAGCAGUUGACAAAAGAAGUCCACAAGCUACUUUCUUACAAAUUUCACAAAGACGAUAUCGACGGAUGGAUUAUGCUUACCAAAGGAUGGACUGUGGUGACCUGUGGUCAGGCUAACACUAUUGUCACAACCCUAGAGAAAUUUUCUAUCUGGAAGCAACACAUAAUUGGGGAGGAAUGGGGACAUGCUUUCACCAAGUACCAUGACAGUUUUAUAACUGGGAAAAAAGGACUCUCCUGCAUCACCUUUCAGAUUGCUGGAAAUGCCCCAAUGCACUUGGACUGCCCAGUCUGUGACGACCCCAUGGAGAUUAAGUUGGUCAAAUAUAACUGCUGCCACCCUCGUCUGCAGAAUGCUGCCAAUUAA